CAGUUAAGCCUAACAACACAAAGAUUACGAUUACACCAGAAGCAGCUGUCGUUGGUGGGUCAGCUACCAUAACGUGUAACUCUGAUGGUCUUCCUGAACCAAAUUAUAACCUAACCCAUAAUGGUACCGCGAUCAGUACUAACAAGACAUACACCAUAGAUAAUGUACAGUACAGUGAUGCUGGAACAUACAAAUGCAUCGCAAGGAAUAAACUUGGAACUGAUUCAGCUUCCACUAGUUUAACCGUCAUAGGUAAUAUUAUAUUUUUAGACACAUUUUCUCUGUCCAUUCUAUAUCACCAGACAAAAACACAUGUGGAAAGAAGCGAUUCAAUAAGUUAAACUUUGAUCGUAGGUAUAAGAUUGCAUUUAGUUGAUUAUCUUCGAGAACUGGUCGUCUUUAACCAAUAAAUUUAUUAAGGAAUUGAAUUACUUUACUUAAAUUAAACUUCUAUGUUUUGUAUUUGCAAUAAGGUAUGUAUUGAUUGUAUGUAUUGAUUAAAGUUUUUGUAGUAUCAUUAAUCAAAUAUUAAAUAUAGAUAUAAAAUAAUACAUACAUUUACAUCAGGUCUUCUAUUAAAUGUAGGAGAAUUAAAGAAUUUGAAAACCCUUUAGUUGAUCCCUAUGGUUAGCCUAUCUGUGAGACCAAGAUAUCUGCCCAGGUCAAUUUCCGUCAUACUCCUAGCAGUUAUUUAUCAUCUGAAUUAUAUAAUCAUAUUCAGUCUAAUGUGGACUCUUUCCUCUGUCGUCACCCUGAUGCAGUUGUCAUCGUUACGGGAGAUUUCAACCCUGCAAGUACUGGGUUUAAUGAUAAACGCUGUGCUGAGUGGUUAUAUCACUACCUUAAAAAAUGAGCAGAAACUCGACGUUUUGAGCGAAGGCCCUUCGUCAAGAGCUACUAACUCUUGACUAAGGGCCUUCGCUCGAAACGUUGAGUUUCUGCUUAUUUUUUAAGGUAGUAAUAUAACCACUCAUCACAGCAUUUUCACAUUGGUACUACCUACACUGGUAGAGACAGUUUUAAUGAUAAACACCUGAAACGAAUUUCUGGACUGACGCAGAUAAUUAAUGUUCGAACAAGACAAAAUUCUAUUUUAGACUGGUGUUUAGUUAAUGUGAAAGCCCAUGCGUACACGUGUUCCCAACUCCCUCCAAUUGGUUCAAGUGACCAUAAUGCAAUCUUGAUCAAGCCAUAUCUUCAUCGCAAACAAAAACCUCAUAAUAGUCGUCAGUCGAAAAGAGAUUUAAGGGAUAGCAGGUUAAGAUCUUUUGGUCAAUGGAUUACCAACUAUGACUGGUUAGAAGUUUUUGAAACAUCUGACUCUGAAUUGAAAUUCCAAAAAUUUAUCGAAACGAUGUUGGUAAUGGUUGAUUCCUUUUUUCCGAUUAAGUUUAACGAGAACUCGGCAGUCAGACAAACCCUGGAUGUGACUUCGUCACUUAAAAUUGCUAUUAGAAAACGUCAAAACGCUUUGCAUAAACAUGGAAAAUCUUCACAAGUUUAUAAAUUAUGGCUAGGCAAAGUUCAGCGUGAUGUUAAAGCAGCUCGAAGUAAGUUUUAUUCUCAUUCAGUUAUACAAUUAAAGAAUACAAAUCCAUCUAGAUGGUGGAGAGGAAUCAAAUCAUUGGGCGGUCUCUCAUCUCAAGAUUGUUCGUACCACCAAUUACUAUACAAAGUGAAUGAGUCUUACAAUAAUUUUCUUAUUGAUCUCACUUCGCACUUUCAACCUGUGGAUCACAACGAUACUGGCGAGCUGAUGGAAGUACCUGACCGUUUUUUCUACUGGUAAAGUUUAUUCAACCUUACGCCGUAUUAAAGUUACUAAGUCGCCAGGUCCUGAUAAUAUUCCCAACAAGAUUGUAAAGACCUUUGCAUUCGACCUUGCACCUGUUGUUACUGACAUCUACAAUGCUUCAAUGGUACAAGGAAAUUUCCCACAACAAUUAAAGCGUGCCUUUGUCAUACCCAUCCCUAAAGUAUCUCCUCCAGGAUCCAUCGAGGACGAUUUACGACCAAUAUCUCUUACGUCCCAGAUUGGUAAAGUGAUGGAAGGUUUUACGUUGGAUUCGUUGCUAGGUGAAGUAAGCAAUAAAUUGGAUACCAAACAGUUUGCUAUGCCUAGGAAAUCAACCACUCAGGCAUUGGUUUACUUCCUGCAUCUGAUUCAUGCUGGUUUACACGUAGGACAUUGUUAUGCAAGAUUAUUCUUUUGCAGAUUUUAGGAAAGGCUUCGAUCUCGUUGAUCACAAUUUCAUUAUUGGUGAACUUAGAAACCUCCAAGUCCAUCCGGCUAUUAUUAGAUGGAUUAAAUCCUUUCUUACUGGCCGGGAGCUAAGGGUAAAACUCGCAACGGCAUCUUCUUCCUGGCAGAAAGUGAACGGUGGCUUACCUCAGGGCACUAAACUUGGCCAUAUUCUUUUCGCCAUCUUUACUAACUCCCUUUUGAAAGAUUGGCAGGGGCGGGUAAAGUUCGUUGAUGACACCACAUUGUUGGAGAUUGUCCCACGGUGUUCGCCUAGUAUACUACAUGUCGUUGUUGACGAAAUCUUUAAUUUUGCAUCGAAUCGGGGAAUGGAACUUAAUCCAAGAAAGUGCAAGGAAAUGGUUAUAUCCUUCCUGAAAUACAGUCUGCAAUGUGAUCAUGUGAUUCACAUAUCCGGAAUGCAUGUUGAACGUGUUUCAUCUUUUAAAUUACUCGGCUUGCUAUCUGAUGAUCUCUCAUGGAACUGUCAUGUGGACUACGUUAUCAAAAAGGCAAAUACAAGGCUCUAUAUGCGCUUCGCAUACUUAAGAAAGCUGGUUUAAGUCAGUCAGAGCUUGUCAACAUUUAUUGCUCGUUUAUAAGAUCGAGAAUUGAGUACGCUUCUCCAGCAUGGUCAUCUUUGACGGUUUAUCUCAGUGGCGUAACUACCAUGGGCUCAGACCGGGGGAACCUGGGGGCCCCCAACCCAAAAGGGGGCCCCAGGCUUAGGUGAUAGGGCAAAACAUUGGCCAGGGCCUCUGAUAUGUUACAAUGUCGUUUUAUGACCAUCAGAAUUCUGUAAAAUCUCUCCCCAAAGUCCAGGAAAUGGCAUUCAGAGAGUCUAGAUUAAAAAAUUUUCCGGAUGACCAUGCCCUGGACCCCCUAGAAAACUCGUGCAUAUACGGCGCUCGACUCGUGCCUUUGGCACUUCUACUAUAGGGGGGCUUCGAAAAUUUUGAACCGGAGGCCCCUUGAUAUAACGUUACGCCACUGGUUUAUCUAUCUGGUGUUAUCGAAUCAAUUCAAAAACGGGCAUUAGGAAUAAUUUAUCCUGACACGUCUUAUGAAGGGGCUUUGAUUUGCACGGGAUUGAAAACUCUUAGUAUCCGUAGAGAUAAUUCUUGUAUAAAAUUUAUUACUAAACUAAAGUACGAGGACGUUGAUUAUAAUCCACUGGCAUGUAGCUAUUGCUCGUAGAGAACCUAAGCAUUCUGAACACAAUUAUUAUCUUAGAACACAAUCAACUAACAAAUUUGUCACGAACACUGACCGCUUUGGAAAUUUUGUAACAGUUAUAAAUAUGUUUGAUUUUUAUAAUCUUAGUAUGUUUACCUUUAUUUAUAUAUUCUAUUUCUUGUAAUUAGAUCUAUACAUAUAAUUUUAUGUAUACCGUGUAAUUCAGUUGUUACUGCAAUUCGGUUUAUUAAACAGAUUAUUAUUAUUAUUAUUAUACAAAACUUAGGAACUGUUUUGUGUGUUUUUACAUUUUGAAAAAAUGUGUUUUUUAAUUUUGCUAAAUAACAGAAGUACACUCACCAGCGACACCACCAACGAUACCACCAGCGACACUAACAACACUUCAACCAUCGUCAAAAUCAAGCGAAACAAUGACGAUCACUACAAAAGACAAUAAAACAGGUAAAGCAAUAUUACAGUUUAUUUUAAACUUGGUUUACACUACAUCUGCGGUUUAGUUUCACGGAGUUCAGACUAAGUAUAUCUGUUUCACAUUUCAGCGUCAAUCAGGCAGAUUCUGUACUUGUAAUUUUCUUAACUUUUAUCGGCGAAAUCUAUAGUGUGUGCUAAAAGUUUGUACGUGCAGUUCCAUGUAAUAGUAAAAUAGCAUGCAGUUUCAAACCUGAUGUCCUCUCUUCAAUAUACAGCUAAUUCAGUCAAGGUUGUCCUUCCAUCCGCGCAAGGAAUGAUGCGUUAUUGCUUAUUUAGACUCAUAAACUUUGAAAUUUGGCUUUGCAAAAAUUAAAUAUUUAAGACAUAUAUACUCACAACAGAAAACAUACUUGCUGCAAAGGCAAUAUUUUUUAGUUUAAGGGCCUAAUAGGUGAAAACCCAUUGUCUCUUGCGUGCUCAGAGUUUACGGUUUAAGGUUUUAGAAAGACAACCUUAAUUGAACCAGCUGUAAUAUACCAACAUGUACUUAUCAACUGUUCAGUUUUAUGAAUUAUGAUCAAUUUUAUGUUCACUUGGUUAUAAUAUGAAUCGACCGCUUGCAGAUUUAAUGAAGCGUAUAACAUUACUGCACGCAUAGCCUCGACUUUAUUAUUUUUUUUUGCAUUUGAACAAAGCAAACUAAACAAGUGCUACUGUUUUUUGCUGAGUUAGAGUUGAUAUAAUUCUGUCAAAAGAAUAAUAGUAAAACACCAAAUCUUCUACCUUCUUGCAGCGCUUUGUUCUACAUUCAAACAAAAGUUAGUCAAUUCCUUGUUAUUAUUGUGUUAUUGUAAAAAGGAGGGGGAGACAAAAGUUUUCCCUAUGUUGAAAGAAAUUGCCCAAGCAAAACAAAAAGUUUUCCCUCAUAAAGUUCCCAUAAUUUCUGCCGACGGGGAUGUGGGAGGGAAAGGCUGGCCGCCAGCGAAAAAUUAUUGAGGCAUCAAUAAAACAUUUUCGUAAAAUCAAAUUUCUUUCUUUUUCGACUAUUUAAUUUCGCGUGCCCUCCCUCCCCCUCCCGGACGUCUUUGUUGUCACUCACGCACUGAAUGUCCAGCAUAUUCGUCUUGGUAGGAAACAAACACGAAACAAAUAUAAUACAAUUUCGCUUCAGUCUGGCUUUCCCUUAUGCUUUUACCAGAGUAUUAGAAUGGAGAGAUUAUCUCCCUCGCAGCCCCUCCCCUGAUAUAUUUUGGUGUCUCUUUCGUAUAUUUAGACAAACCAUCUUCAAAUGACGCAGGUAGUGGAAUCGAAUGGUAUAUCGUUGCGGUAAUAUUGGUGUCUGGAAUUAUUAUUGUAAUUUUGCUUUUCUACAUUGGCUGGUGUUCUCGUCGUCGUUGGUUGAAAAACAGAAAACCUGAACAAAACCCUGAAGCACAAACGACUGAAGCUGAUACAACCUACCAAGCACUGGAUCUUACGAAAAUGAACACAGAGGAUAAUUAUCAAUCAUUGAGAAACAGAGGACCUCAAUUAAACCCUGAACCAAAGACAACUGAAGCUGAUACAACUUAUCAAGGGCUAGAUCUUUCAAAAAUGAAUACAGAAGAUAAUUAUCAAUCAUUGAGAGACAAAGGACCUCAAUUAAACCCUGAACCAAAGAGAACUGAAGCUGAUACAACUUAUCAAGGGCUUGAUCUUUCAAAAAUGAACACAGAAGAUAAUUAUCAAUCAUUGAGAGUGAAUGCUGCAAGUAAUCAGGCUGCAAAUGUCGAUGAGUCUACUUAUACUGAGUUGAGCAAAACCAGAGAUGAGGAGAACAAGUACCAAUCUUUAACUUAAACUUCGAAUAUUAUUCAGAGUGUCCCAAAAAUGACCCCUGGUAUUGAUACAAUAUAACUAUUAGAUUAUGUUAAUCGAUGCAUGGAUAAAUAAUUGACCAAAUACUUUCUCUAUUCACUUAUACGGUAGCCUGGGGACACGACGAGGAGGCUCUGGUCACACGAGCAUCC